CGCAGAUUUACUUCAUCAAUGAUCGGGAGCCUUGAUCUUUUUGGAUUGACCUUGUUGCACGAGUCGAGGCAGCCUCCAGUAAUUUCCCCCUGUAGUCGUGGAAACGGUGGUUGCGGCCAUUUAUGUUUCAUUGUUCCAGAUGGAUACCGUUGUGGAUGCCCUAACGGCACAGCGUUACGUGAAGAUGGUUACUCCUGCCAAGAGGCAAACUUUACAAACUGUCGCAACCAGCCUUGUCAGAAUGGAGGAACAUGUUAUUUUAACUUCCAAAGGUUUGCUGAUGAUUGCACCUGCGGUGAAUACUAUGCGGGAAAAGACUGGUUUGUAUCUCGGUGCAGGUGCUGUUGGCAUCACCCUGGAGAUGAACGUUAAAGAGUGGGAAGAAGAAAAAUUUAAACAAGCAAUCAUGAGAGGGCUGGACGACUAUUGUAAGGGAGACAUCUGUGGCUUGAGGAAUGAAUCAAUUUCAAAGCAGUUCUGUCCCUGUUUCCUGAAUAACUCUGCCUUCAGUGCAACUCAAGUUACUAUCAUUGGGAAGCCCGUGGCGUCGCCUUCAAAUCAUACUAAAGUGGACUUUGUAGUUAUUCUUCGUCCAGUAUCAUCUUCAAAACCGUUGGUUGUCUUGAAUACUACAUUGGAACAUAUUGUUUGGGAAAGAGCUAACUCCAUCAGUAAACAUCUCAACAAAACCGUCCUUGUAAAUAAUCUUCCUCCAUCAUCGGACACACGUUGUAAUGAUGUUAAGUCAGUGGAAAAGGAAGAGAAGAGAAAGAGCAAAAAUACUGCAAUAGCAAUAGGAAUAAUAACUCCUGUCGUGGUCAUUUUACUUGUUUCAGUUGUUGUGGCUCUUUGGUACAGGCGAAAACGGGACAUUCUAGCGAAUCAGCUAAGAGACAACAAUGAAGAGGAAAAUGACGACGGGUACGAGUUUGACUUCCUAGCAGACCAAAGAGAAAAUCAGCAAAGAGACAACAAUGGAGAGGGAAAUAACGGCGGGUACGAGUCUAACCCCCGAGAGGAACAAAGAGACAACAAUGGAGAUGGAAAUGAUGGCGGGGACGAGGCUAUCCCCCUAGCGGGACAAAGAGAAAAUCAGGAAAGGGGCAACAACAGAGAGGGAAAUUAUGGCGGGUACGAGGCUGUGCACCUAGCCAGACAAAGAGAAAAUCAGCAAAGGGGCAACAACAGAGAGGGAAAUGAUGGCGGGUACCAGGCUUUGCACCUAGCCAGACAAAGAGAAAAUCAGCAAAGGGGCAACAACAGAGAUGGAAAUGAUGGCGGGUACCAAGCUUUGCACCUAGCCGGACAAAGAGGAAACCAGCAAAGGGGCAACAACAGAAAGGGAAAUGAUGACGGCAACGGAGAGGGAAAUAACGGCAGUUGCAGGAUUGUAAACGACAAAGAUUUCAAUAACAGGCAAAUAUCGUUCGUUGGUGCAAAUCGGGACAUUGUAGACAAUCAAAGAGAAAAUUUAAGCGGGCAGCGAUCAGCGGCAGGCUAUGAGGACAUGAGCUUCCCUCAAGGGUUGCCAAUGCUUCAAGAUACGUCCAGUGGUGCAAUGGACAGUCGGAACAUUCCAGGUAAUCAGCAUAAAGAGAACAGUAACCAACAAGACUGUGAUGUCAAGUAUGAAAACGAGGUUGCUCAUCAGAAUGACAACCAGCAGUUACAGGAAGCCUAUGAGGACAUGAGUGCCUCUCAAGCGCUGGCGACAGCACGUCAACCAGUUGAAAAUGAUGAUGUUUCGGGCACAAACUAAUCCAGUGCAAUGUACGGACGAGAUAAAGAAGAAUCCGCGUUGACAACUUUUAGGCUAAUAGGAAUUUACAAAAUGUUUGUACCGCUUUUCCCCAGGGUAAAUAAUGUCCUUUUCACUCCCUAACAGGACGUUUAUAACGAAAUUCGCAAUUUCAAUAGCCCUUUUAUCAGUUAACUUUUCUCAUCUGCAAUACAAUAUCAACUAGCAUGUGUGCGAGGUAAUUUUGGGCUAUUUUGUAGUUUCAGGCCGAAAUUGCCUGGCAUCCCCGUUGGAUUAUAUUGUAAUACAAAUGAGAAAAACUAACCGUGAAACUAAAACGGUUAUUGCCUCUCAGUGGUAGAGUAAGUGGUAGAUGUCGUAGUAAAUAGUGGUCAAGUUAUGCUUUGAUCCCCUGCAAGUAAAUGUCGAGAGCAGUAUGGGAUUGUGUUUAAAUGCUGGCAGUAUGUUUCCUGAGUACGAGUGAUUUAUAACAGAGAUUUUUAUGGCCUUUUAAAUUGUUCUGCACGUACUUUAGUACAGUCCUUAUUAUCAGAGAAAAUAUAAUUUAAAUUGUGCUCGUAAACUGGCGCAAUUUUUUUGUGCUUAUAUGAAGUAACUGUCGAUCUCUUAUGUAAGUAGCGUUACUUUUUACUGAAGUAAACAUCGCAUAGUUUUAUAGGUAGGUAGAGUCUGCAGGUAGGUGGGUAAAGUCUGCACGCGGGCCAAGUGGUCCAUCAGGCCGGAGGUAAUCCCGGUUUCUGUAACAUAAAGCGACUAGGUAUAUUUUCACUCUUCAAUAGAUAGGAUGCUUGCUAACCCAUCGCAAGGUUACCUUCACCGGUACCCAUUUAUACGCCUGGGUGGAGAGAAGCACUAUGAGAGUUAAGUGUCUUGCCCAAGAACACAACACAAUAUCCCCGGCUAGAGCUUAAAUCCGGACCGCUCGAUUCCGAGGCGAACGCACUAACCAUGAGGUCCCCGCGCCUCUUUUUAUGGCAGAGCUACAUUUGCGACAGAACUAGAGAUAACGAAUUUAAACGAUUAAUAACGUAAUAGUUAUUUCCAUUUACUAAUUACUAACGUUGCAAAAAAAGUUUUUAAAUGACAAUUUUUAUGACAACUAUCUGGUAAGUAUACAAUAGAAGUCCAAGAUCUACAAAACUGCAUAAAACAGAGACACUCCGAGUGCUCUGAUUGGUGAAACCAAUUACCAUUGUCCCGGUAACCACCCAGUUACCGAUAAGGCAGCACUACGUGGAAAGACAAAGAAUUCCCGACUUAUUUUUUUAGUCUUCUUUUGGUCUAUCAGUUUAUUAACACUUAGCGUUGACCACUGAAA